UCUUGGCACACUCGCUUGAGCUCGUGGACUGAAAGCGCACCUCACACAUACUGCAUGGAUAUAUUUAUACGCCUCAUGCGCUUGCAUGCCACAGUCUGUAUCCGUAUGACCUGGGAAUACGCACGCUUCGGCAACGCUGUUUAAGACUAUUUUAAAGAAAUAAAUUGUUUUGAGAUUUGUUUCUUUUGGAGAGUGUGCUUGCGUGUCCGGAGGUUCAGCUCGCGCUCCCAUUCAAAGGCAAACUUGUGCAGGGCUGAUCUACAGCGGAAUCGCACUUCAUUUCUAGGACAAAAUGCCUCAAACACCACCGUUUCCAGUGGUGUAUGGGUCGACUGGCUACAACAAGAAUCUCUAUAAAACCAAGGAAGAGGAUUAUGGGGGCCUGUAUUAUCAUGAAAACAACCUGGUGUCAGGAUCCUUGGAAGCUCUUAUUGAGCACUUGGUCCCAACUGUGGAAUACUAUCCUGAUAGGACAUACAUCUUCACAUUCCUGCUUAGUUCCCGUCUCUUCAUUCACCCAUAUGAGCUGAUGUCUAAAGUGUGCCAUUUGUGUGUGGACCAGCAGAGACUCAGCGAUCCUCAGGCAGACAAGGCAAGUGUCAGGAAAAUUGCUCCCAAGAUCCUGCAGUUGCUGACUGAGUGGACUGAGACAUUUCCCUAUGACUUUAGGGAUGAGAGAAUGAUGAAGAGUCUGAAAGAACUAACACAUCGACUGAGUACUGGAGAUGAACUCUAUCGUAAAACAGUGCAACAGAUGACACAAACACUGAUCCGUAAGCUUACCACACUCAGCCAAUAUGAGGAGGCCCUGGCCAAGAUCAACUCCUCUGUGACCGAUAGAUUAACCGUGCUGAAGACCAAGCCUCAGUCCAUCCAAAGGGACAUUCUGACCAUCUGUAGUGACCCAUUCACCCUGGCACAACAACUCACACACAUAGAACUGGAAAGACUGAGCUACAUCGGACCAGAUGAGUUUGUUCAGGCAUUUGUUCAGAAAGACCCUCUUGAUAAUGACAAGAGAUGUUUUAGUGAUCACAAGAAAGCAAGUAAUCUGGAGGCCUAUGUGGAGUGGUUCAACAGGCUCAGCUACCUGGUGGCGACAGAAAUCUGCAUGCCUGUGAAGAAGAAACAUCGAGCCAGAGUCAUUGAGUUCUUCAUCGACGUGGCACGAGAAUGCUUCAACAUUGGCAAUUUCAACUCUCUCAUGGCUAUCAUUACCGGAAUGAACAUGAGUCCAGUGUCGCGGCUAAAGAAGACCUGGGGCAAAGUCAAAACCGCCAAGUUUGAUAUACUAGAGCACCAGAUGGAUCCUUCUAGCAAUUUCUACAACUACAGAACAGCACUGCGAGGAGCCACGCAAAGAUCCAUAACUGCUCAUAGUAGCAGAGAGAAGAUUGUCAUUCCUUUCUUCAGCCUCUUGAUUAAAGACAUUUACUUUCUCAAUGAAGGAUGUGCCAACAGGCUACCCAACGGACAUGUAAAUUUUGAGAAAUUCUGGGAGCUGGCUAAGCAAGUGACUGAGUUUAUGACAUGGAAGGAGGUGGAGUGUCCUUUUGAGAGAGACCGCAAGAUUCUGCAGUAUCUCCUCACUGCACCAAUCUUCAGUGAAGAUGCUUUGUAUCUGGCAUCAUAUGAGAGUGAAGGACCAGAGAACAACAUUGAGAAAGACAGAUGGAAAUCUCUCAGGUCAACUUUGCUGAACCGGACAUAAUCCUGUGAAACAAGUGAACCUUCUGACAAGCAAGCUGUGUCCCACUUUUGCCCCAUCCAAAAGUGAGAAGUAUCCCUAUUUUUCAAGGGAGAUGACAAUCCAUAUUUUGCUGAAUGAUGCAUUUUUAUGUUGGAAAGAGCAGCAUCUUUUUCAUACUGGAUAUUUCAGGCUUUGUCAUCACUUUGUGUAGAAUUUUCUACUCGUUUUUCCCUCUUUAAAAUGAAGAGUUGUUUUGAGCAGAAGAGAAAAUGAAUUGGGGGUUGUCCCUUGACUGCAAACCAAUUCCAAUCAACGCUGUUUGAAAGUAAUCCAGACGUUGUUAAUGCAAACAGUCCACAAACAUUGUGUCAUACUUCUCUAUUGACUCAGAGUAUGCCGCUGGUUGGCAAACUCAAUUAGAACAGGUUGAAGGAAAAAUGUUUAAACCAGCAUUGUGUACUGGGUUCCAGUACUGUAUAUUUUUAUUGUACCUAAAGCAUUAAUUUAAGUAUAUAUUUAUGUUGUCACUUUUUUGAUAUUGUGUUAGUCAGUUGUUUUAUGCGUAUGAAAUGUGAGUAACCUCUGCGAGUGACAUUUGACUUUUGUGUAAUAAACCUGCCAAGGGUUCCUGAAUGCACUGGAUGCUUUUGUGAAUAUAGUUGUCUAUUCCUUUUAUUAUGGAACCAGUUUUGUGAAAACUCACCAGCAUAAAACUCUCUUUAUCCUUUUUUUUUUUCUUCAUAUUGUCAUGGCUUUGCUGUAGACGUUUGUUGACUGUUGAAGGAAGGACAGUGUCUCCAUAUUGAUGUCAGUGUUACAGUCGUCAUGCCGUUUUCUACACAGUGAAGGAAAUAUUUUUAGAAGGACAGCUCACUGUCAGACAAUUGACAAUUGUACGUCAUUUUGUACCAUAGAUGACAAUGGUGAUGUGAUGUUGUCCUCUGGUGGUGAAUACUCAAUUCUGUUUGGGCAUAGUGUUUUUGAAUGAAGCUGUUUGUAAGCAACUACAUGAAGAUGUAUUAUACUGUACCUAUACUAGUUUUUAUUACCAUUUAUUAUAUUACAUUUCCUUCAAUUUGUUUGUCUAUUUGUUAAUAUCUGUCUUGUCUAUCUUUUUCAUUGUUUUAAGAUAUUUGAAAGAUAUUUACUGGCUUUAUUGUAUUGUUAUUUUGUACCAGGUACAUGAUUUAUAGAUUCGGAUAUUGCCGUAAUAUUUUAUAAUGUUUAUAAACUUUGAGGAAAAACUAAUAUUUUAAGGUACAAGCAAAUGAAGUUAAUUUAUGGUGACAGGUGUCUUCUAGAUUUUCUUUUCUUACUACCUUGACACAAACACAUGCUUUUAGUUUACUAUCAUGUAAAUAUCAUGCCUUUCCAUCACUGUGAAUAUUUCUGUGUAUAUUGGCUUUUCAGGCAGAUUAUUGAACCCCAUGAAAAGUUGUGGUAUGGAGUGAACAAGAAAAGAGUAAUUAAAUAAAAGAAUGCCA